CCCGCUGCUGCCCACAAAGGCCAUGGAGAAGAGGUUGGAAGCCAAGUUCAGCAUUAGCGCCCGAUUUCCGUCACGAUACUGCCUGGGAAAAUCUGCAAGGGAGCCAAGAAGUCUGCAGCUGUUCUACCUGUGCGCUUGCCUGUGUGCCUUGUGCUCCUCAGCAGAUGCAGACUGGAACAGAUCUAUAUGUGAGCCGGGGAAGGUCCUGUUUGGUGGCCGUUUGAGAUCGUGGGAAGAUCACCAUUUACAGCUUCUGGAAGGAUUUCAUACUGUACGGUCUUGUCAGACUGCUUGCUGCCAGAGCCCCACCUGUGAUGCCUUUUGGUUCUUGGAAAAUAUGUGCAUCCAGGUAAACUGCACUAUGCCUGGCGUGUGUCAGGCAAACAGGACUGGCUUUUCUGACUCUGUUUUGGUGUUUUUAAAGAAAUCAGAAAGCACAGAGCACUUCAUAAAGUUUCAAAAAGAAGGUGAUGUGAAGACCCGGGCUCACAAAUGGUGGGACUGGGACAUCCCUGUCCAGGGGAAGAAAAGACUGCGGAGGUCAUUCCAGAAGUGGAGCUUGGCAGGUAACAGGGUGGAACUCCUGAAAAGGGAUAUAGCAGUGAGCCCCAGCAGUGAGGCUGCAGCCAGAGCAUCAGGUAGCGAAUCUAGAAGCAGCCAAAGUGAAGCAGAGCGCUUGAAGGAUCAAGUACUGCGGCGCUUAGUGGCAGGCAAGCCUGUUCCUGAAGGCCAUCCAAAUAAAAAGAAGGACUCGCUGACAAAUGGACAGAAUGCAAGAGAGCAGAAAACCAAAAGCCCGUUCCCUCCUAAAAGCAAUAAUGUGAAUAGAUCGAGUGAUGCAGACGGUGUUGGCGUGCCACAGAUCCACACAGGAACAUCUGCACCAGAACCAUCAGUGUUGGCUACGUUCUCCAGUCCUGUGGCACAGGGCUUGACAGCCACAGGGAAGACUGAGCAGCCUGGGCAGCCAGAUGAUGCUUUGGCCCAUCCUCACUCCUCAGAUCUGUUGCCCACAGACAGCCCCGUGCUGGGGAAAAGCACAACGAAGAUGCAGACAGCUACUUCUGUGCCAAGUGGUGUUCCCACAAAUAGCAGUGUUUCUACAGUCCAGACCAACACUGCUGCAUCACCAAGUACUACUGCCACCACACCAGUUAUGAAGGAGCUGGUAGUUUCUGCUGGAGACAGCGUCGAAGUGACCCUGCCAAAGAAUGAAGUUCAGCUGAAUGCAUUUGUGCUUCCUGAGCCACCACCUCGUAAGGCUUUCUCUUUCCUGGAGUGGGAAUUGAUUACUCAUCCAAAAGACUACAGUGGAGAAAUGGAAGGGAAGCACUCCCAGACUCUUAAGUUAUCUAAGCUUACUGUUGGUCUGUAUGAAUUCAAAGUCGUCGUUGAUGGGGAAAACGCACGUGGAGAGGGUUACGUGAACGUAACAGUGAAUCCAAAGCCUCGGGUGAAUCAGCCUCCUGUUGCAGUCGUGUCCCCACAGUUCCAGGAGAUUUCACUGCCAACCAUUUCAACAGUUAUCGAUGGCAGCCAAAGCACUGAUGAUGAUAAAAUCGUCAGCUAUCACUGGGAAGAACUGAAAGGUCCUUUGCGGGAGGAAAAAGUUUCUAGCAAUACCGACAUAUUGACGCUGACCAACCUGGUGCCCGGGAAUUACACGUUCAGUCUAACAGUAGUGGACUCAGAUGGUGCCAGCAACUCCACCACUGCAAACUUGACUGUGAACAAAGCAGUGGAUUAUCCUCCGGUGGCAAAUGCAGGCCCAAACCAAGUGAUCACCCUGCCUCAGAACUCCAUCACCCUCUACGGGAAUCAGAGCACCGAUGACCACAGCAUUGUCAGCUACGAGUGGCUGCUCAGCCCUAACAGCAAAGGGAAGGUGAUGGAGAUGCAGGGGGUGAGGACACCAGUCUUACAGCUCUCUGCAAUGCAAGAAGGUGAUUACACUUACCAGCUAAUAGUGACGGAUUCUGCUGGGCACCAGUCCACUGCAGAGGUCACUGUGAUAGUCCAGCCAGAGAACAAUAAGCCCCCAAAGGCGGAUGCUGGUCCAGAUAAAGAAUUAACUCUUCCUGUGGACAGCACCACUCUAGAUGGCAGCAAGAGCUCAGAUGACCAGAAGAUAGUCUCCUUUCUUUGGGAAAAAACACGGGGCCCAGAUGGUGUGAAGCUGGAGAAUGCCAACAGCAGCAUUGCCACUGUAACAGGCCUUCAAGUUGGGACAUACGAGUUUACUCUGACAGUUAAAGAUGAGAGGAACUUGCAGAGCCAAAGCUCAGUCAACGUCAUUGUCAAAGAAGAGAUAAACAAGCCGCCAGUUGCAAAGAUUGCUGGUAAUGUUGUCAUCACCUUGCCCACAAAUACAGCUGAGUUGGAUGGAUCGAAGUCCUCUGAUGAUAAGGGAAUCGUCAGCUACUUGUGGACCCGGGACGAGGGGAGCCCUGCAGCUGGGGAAGUCUUAAAUAAUUCAGACCAUCAUCCUGUCCUUCUCCUUUCCAAUCUGGUAGAAGGGACCUACACGUUCCAUCUCAGAGUAACAGAUGCCAAAGGAGAGAGUGAUGUGGAAAGGACCACUGUGGAAGUCAAACCUGAUCCUCGGAAAAAUAAUCUUGUGGAGAUAAUUCUGGAUGUCAAUGUCAGCCAGCUGACUGAGAGGCAGAAGGGCAUGUUCAUCCGGCAAAUCGGCGUUCUGCUUGGGGUCCUCGACUCGGACAUUACUGUCCAGAAGAUCCAGCCGUACACCGAGCAAAGCACGAAGAUGGUGUUUUUUGUGCAGAACCAGCCACCCCAUCAGAUAUUCAAAGGACGAGAGGUAGCCUGGACGCUGAAGAACGAACUGCGGAAACAACAGUCAGACUUCCUCAUCUUCCGGGCAUUAGAAAUUAACACAGUCACGUGUCAGCUGAACUGCUCUGAGCACGGACGCUGUGACUCCUUCACCAAGCGUUGUGUCUGUGACCCCUUCUGGAUGGAGAACUUCAUCAGGGUGCAGAUGGGGGACGGUGAAAGCAACUGUGAGUGGAGUGUGCUGUAUGUGAUCAUUGCAUCUUUCGUCAUUGUGGUUGCCUUUGGAAUCUUAUCCUGGAUGGUGAUCUGCUGUUGCAAGAGACGAAAAGGAAAAUCCAAAAGAAAAAGCAAAUACAAGAUUUUGGACGCAACAGAUCAAGAAAGCCUGGAGUUAAAACCAAAUCCCAAAGCAGGUGGCAGGCAGAAAGCCCAGGUCCUCAACACUAGCCUGAUGCAUUCGGAGUCUGAACUGGACAGCGAUGAAGCCAUCUUCACGUGGCCUGACCGUGAAAAAGGGAAACUGCUCCGCAGCCAGAACGGCUCCUUGCGCAAUGGACAAGUGAUGCUCAAACCCAAGAACCAGAGGGAGGAAAUCCUAUAGCUCCCCUCGGGCCUUUUGCUGGAGCUCAGUGCAAAGGCCACUCCCGUCCCUAUCCUACGAGGGCCUUUGGAGGCCAGUCUGAUUAGGACAAUGCUGCUAACUCGUUUCACAGAAAAUAACUUUGUUUUUGUGGGUUUCUUUUCAUUCAGUUAAAACUGGUUGUACUUGAAUUUGAACUACAAGGGAAAUCAAAGGGAGGAGAAGGCAACUGUGAACCCCAGGCGAAGUGUCAGAAAAGACAGAGCUGGCAUCUGGAGAGCGGCAGGACAGAACCACUUGGAGCAACUGUGAACGUGCAGGACCCCUCCUGGCCCCACUCGGACUGCAGUGAAGGAAACGCCCAGGGACCUCCAGCUCACUUGCCUUGGGAGCUCCUCGGAGAAGGAAGGUCAAGGCUGUGCUUUGAGCCGUGCUCUGAGCUCCCUUCAGGCUCCAGUAGCCUACACCACAGGCUACUUACGCUGUCGAACAGCUUGCUUCUCUUUUAUCCCACCUUCCCUAAUGGUUUAAGCACUAUUUUAAUUUAGGCUUGUCCUUUCACAUGCACUUGGCUGCUUUUGGAGCGUAGAGAGGGGGAAUCUAAACACUAUGGUCACACUCCAUCAGCUUGCAGGGAGGAGAGGGUUCUGUAGCUGUUCUAAAUUACUGUCUGGCUCUUCUCACGGGGAGUGUUGAUGAACACGGUGCCUGUUCAGAUGUGAAUGGCUGACCUGUCUGUGGUAAUCGGCUGGGCUAGGAGACCCCCUCCUGCAGCAAGCUCUCCUGCUGGGUACCAGAGCCGGGAGGGGACGCCCGCCUUUGGUACCUGUGUCUAAUGUCUGGCUUAAUUCCAAAGCUGUGAGAUGAUGUUCAGUGGCCCCAGCACCUUCUGUUGGUCGCCAAGCCAUCUGUGAGUCUGGACAUUAACCAUAUCUCAGUUAUGAAAUGCCAACUGUGGGUUGUUUGGUUUGGGUUUGGCUUCCCCCCC